UGCAGGCUUGCAGAGAGGGGGUGGUGGGAGAUGGGUGGCAGAUCUGGGGUGGGGUUGGGUUGGGCGUGGGGCACAGCAGAGCCUGGGAGUAGCAGGGUUUUGCCCUAACUUUGCAGCGAGUGCCACUGGUGGGUUUUCUCAGGUGCUUGCUAUCACCACAUUUACAACAGUUCCAAAGAAAGUGCCUAGGUGCUUACGGCCUCUCGCUGCCUGGCCAGUCAUGCAGCCCUGCUGCCAGUUGACAAAGGCCCAAAUGCGGGACGUGGUUCAGGCCCAACCUUAGGGUCAUGCAGGAAAUGCCCAGUAUCAUGCGAUUUCUUCCUACAGGCGAAUCCCCAGCGUUCCCUGUAAGCAGUGCGCCUCGGAGGCCACCCAGGAGAGAUUCUGGGUGUCUGGCUGGUUACCCAGGGUGAGCCCCCGCCGUGUGUAUCUGCAGCUCCCACUGACUUCAGCCGGAGAUGCCUGAAGGCCCGUCGGUGAAGAGGUUCCAGUUGCUCACUGCUCCUUUUGUGGGGCAGGUCGUGGCCAAGGUGGGAGGAAGCAGCAGGCAGAGCAGCCUGCAGGAUCUGAAAGCAAUGAGGCUCCAGGACUCUCAGGUGUCUGGAAAGAAUUUAUUCCUGGCAUUCUGUGCUGCUCUGGAAGCCCAGCCCAUGAAGGGAAGCCCAUCCCCAGUGGAAGAAGGGCCAACCCCCCAAGGAAAAGCUGACAGCGGGGCAUGCUCCCUUCGCCAGGCUCGGGAGAGAGAAGUGGAUGAUGUCUCUCUGCGAAGCUCUGAAGAACACAGCGUGCAGAGGAAGCAGGAACCUGAAGGCUCAGAAGCACCAGGGGACGCUUGGAAAUGGCUGCGUUUCCAUUUUGGCUUGUUCGGCAGCAUCCGAGCGAAUGAGUUUGCGAGAGCUAAUAAGGCAAACAAAAGAGGGGACUGGAAGGAUCCUGUGCCCAGGUUGGUUCUGCACUUCGACACCACGGGCUUCCUCGUCUUUUACAACUGCCAGAUACGCUGGUGCACCUCUCCCGCUGUGGAGCCUGCUGCUGACAUCCUGUCUCCCGAAUUCCAUCGUGGGCAGGCCUUGGCAGCCCUUCGCCAGCCGACGCCCAUCUGCUGCACCCUUCUGGACCAGAGAUAUUUCUCCGGUCUGGGGAACAUCAUUAAGAACGAGAUCUUGUAUUUGGCAAGGAUCCAUCCGCUGUCCCAAGGCUCACUUUUGGCUGUCUCAGAUCUUGAAUCCUUGUUGGACCAUGCCGUUCAGUUCAGUACAGACUGGCUGCAUAAGAAGCUGGCUGGAAAAGGGUUACACUAUCAGAUCUACCUGAAAGAAAAAUGUCCCCUUGGGCAUGAGGUGAUGAAAGGAACCUUUGGACCCCCUGAUGGGUUUCAGAGGCUUAGCUGGUGGUGUCCUCAGUGCCAGCCUCAAGUACCACCUGAAGGGAACAAGUCCACUCACCCCAAAUCACCAAGCGCUGAAUGAGCAAAUAUGCUUGCCACCCUUACUCGGAAAGGAGCAGACGCACCUUUCUCACCAAAUGUUGCCUUCUGGCCUUUUGGUUACAUGCCGUCAGUUGUUCCGAGCAGGAAGACGGUCAGAACUCCGUGGAGAGAAAGGUGAAGAGAACAGAGCUCCGUUAAAAAGAGAGGGAAUGUUUCUGUGACGCGCCGAAGCCCCUACUGUACUAUGGAGAGAAAGAAAGCAAACAGUAGCGGGUCUAAAUCUCCUCCAGAAGACAAACUGUGGUCACUGGAAUACUGGACGCCUCAGAUUUGAUAUACAAAGUUGAAUGUUAUUUUUUUUUCUUCUGCCAGAGAAACAAUAAAAAUAACUUGGGUUU